UCGGGAAUUGGGGCUUCAGUGGAACUUGAGCUGCCAUUGAUAGAUGAGAGAAAAGGUGCAGAGAUGGGCUACUUUUUCUUUUUCUCCGCUGAGACAUGGACCCUCCUGGUUGCUCUCAUAACACUGAUCUUUGUGUAUGUCUGCUGGCCAUUUGGAACAUUUAAGAAAAUGGGCGUCCCUGGUCCCAGACCAAUUCCUUUUUUCGGCACUAUGCUGGCAUAUAAAAAGGGAUUCAUGCACUUUGAUUCGGAGUGCUUCAAGAAAUAUGGGAAAACAUGGGGCAUUUUUGAUGGCCGUCAGCCAGUGCUGUGUAUCACAGAUCCUGCCAUGAUAAAAACGGUUCUGAUAAAGGAGUGUUACUCUCUCUUCACCAAUCGCAGAAACUUCCGUCUGAACGGGGAACUGUACGAUGCUGUGUCCAUCGCUGAGGAUGACCAGUGGAGGAGGAUCCGCAGUGUCCUCUCUCCCUCCUUUACCUCAGGAAGACUGAAAGAGAUGUUUGACAUAAUGAAGCACCACUCUGCUAACCUGAUCAGCAGCAUGAAAAAGACGGCAGACAAGGAUGAACCCUUAGAGCUGAAGGAGUUCUUUGGACCUUACAGUAUGGAUGUAGUAACGAGCACAGCCUUCAGUGUAGACAUAGACUCACUCAACAACCCUACAGACCCCUUUGUCGCUAACAUCAAGAAGAUGCUGAAGUUUGACCUUUUCAACCCUAUCUUCCUCUUUAUUGCUUUCUUCCCCUUUAUGGCUCCUAUUUUUGAGAAGUUGGAGUUUUCCUUUUUCCCAAAAUCUGUCUUGGACUUCUUUUACGCUGCACUGAAGAAGAUCAAAGCUAAUCGAGAGAACACCAAGCUAAAGAAUCGAGUGGAUUUUCUUCAGCUGAUGAUUAAUUCCCAGAAAAACAAUGACCUCAGUAAAGUGGAAAAUGAUAAAGGUUUAAAUGAUCAUGAGAUCCUUUCUCAGGCAAUGAUUUUCCUCUUUGCUGGCUAUGAAACAACUAGUAGCUCUCUCACUUUCUUGGCUUACAAUCUGGCGAGAAACCCUCAUGUCAUGAAACGGCUGCAGGAAGAGGUCGAUGCCACCUUCCCUAACAAGGCUCCAGUUGAGUACCAGGCUCUGAUGCAGAUGGACUAUCUAGAUAGUGUCGUCAACGAGUCUCUCCGAUUGUACCCCAUUGCUCCACGUCUGGAGCGCGUGGCCAAGGCGACUGUGGAGAUAAAUGGCCUUGUGAUUCCAAAAGGUAUGGUCGUCAUGGUACCCACGUGGCCCCUGCACCGGGACCCUGAUCUGUGGCCCGAGCCGGAGGAGUUCAAACCUGAGAGGUUCAGCAAGGAAAACAAGGAGACUAUUGACCCGUACACGUACAUGCCUUUCGGGGCAGGGCCAAGGAAUUGCAUUGGGAUGCGAUUUGCUUUGGUGCUGAUGAAACUAGCAGUGGUGGAGAUCCUCCAGACUUACAGCUUCUCUGUGUGUAAGGAGACUGAGAUCCCCAUUGAGCUGGAUAUCCAGGGCCUGAUAAGUCCAAAACGACCAAUCAAACUGAAGCUGGUGCCACGGUCUGAACCUUCAAACUAAAAAAUAACAAAAUAAAGGAUCAUCGUUGAUGUGUACAGACCUAUUGUGAAGAAACAUCAUGUCCAUUUAUCAUCCAUUUCUAUCAUAGUAAUUGUACAGUUGUGCGUACAUCUAUAUCAGUUACUUCUCUUUUUUUGUUCUUCUCAAAGCAUAUGUUAAUAUUAAUUUUUAACUGAGUGACAAACUGAUUUGUAAAGCCUGCAUUAACAGUAAAGGGUAGUUUGGACGUUUCUCAAUCAUACGGUCAUUCUUAUUUGUGAUUUGAUCACAGUUAUAACAACAUGCAACUCUCAGGUGCUAGAAAUGUGGCUGUACAAUAGCAGAUUUACAGAGACAUGUAUAUACUUACAAAGGAGUUUCAAAAAUAUGAGGGACAUUUCUUUCUCUUUGAGUCAAAUAUAAUAGAACAUGUGGUCAGAAGAACAAAAUAACAAAAACAUCUUACAAUAUACUGCAAUGCCACACAACUGCACCACCUACUAUUGUCUCAAACAUACAAUUAAAUCAACACUUCUCUGAUAACAAAAGAUUUUACAAAACUGGCUCCUGUGACGAUCAGGUUAUUAUCACUCAUGCAUUCAUUUAAAAGCAGGGUUUUCUAUUGUAGUUGGUUGAAGUGGAGCUAAUUUUUGGAUUAUUUUGUACCUAAUUGCAACUAAUGAUUAUUUUCAUUAUGGAGUCAUCUACUGAUUAUUUUCUCCAUUAAUUGAUUGAAUGUUUGGUUUGUAAAAAGUCUGAAAAUAGUAAGAAAUGCCAUCACAAUUACCCAUAUCCCAAAGUGAUACCUUCACAAUGCUUUAUUAUAAUAUGUAUAAUUGUUACAAAUAAACUAAAAUUAUUGAAAUAGUUAAAAGUAGGUGGGAAUUGAGAUGAGUAUCUAAAGUGCUAUAUAUGUAAUGCAUUAUUAUUAUAAUUAUUAAAAGAAAAAGCAGCAAAUCCUCACAUUUUAGAAGCUGGAACCAUGAAAUGAAUUUGCAUGAAAAACUUCUUCCGUCAAUUGACUACUUGUUUCAGCUCUACAUGUAAAUAUUGUUGUUUAUUUUAAGUUA